GCGCCGCCGCCGUGCGCUCCGCCCCGCCCUCGGUCCGCGCCCUCCGUUCCUCCUCGCCGCAGCCCCCGCCGUAGCUGCCGCUGCGCUCCCGGCCUCCACCGCCUCCGAGCAGAAGAUGGCUGUGCCUCCCACGUAUGCCGAUCUUGGCAAAUCCGCCCGGGAUGUCUUCACCAAGGGCUACGGAUUUGGUUUAAUAAAACUUGACUUGAAAACAAAGUCUGAGAAUGGAUUGGAAUUCACAAGCUCAGGCUCAGCCAACACCGAGACCACCAAAGUGAAUGGCAGCCUGGAAACCAAGUACAGGUGGACUGAGUAUGGCCUGACGUUUACUGAGAAGUGGAACACUGACAACACACUAGGUACCGAGAUUACCGUGGAGGAUCAGCUUGCACGAGGACUGAAGCUGACCUUCGAUUCAUCCUUCUCACCAAACACUGGGAAAAAAAAUGCUAAAAUCAAGACAGGGUACAAACGUGAGCACAUCAAUCUGGGCUGCGACGUGGACUUUGACAUCGCUGGGCCUUCGAUCCGGGGUGCUCUGGUGCUGGGUUAUGAGGGCUGGCUGGCAGGCUACCAGAUGAAUUUUGAAACUGCAAAGUCCCGAGUGACCCAGAGCAACUUUGCUGUUGGCUACAAGACGGAUGAAUUCCAGCUUCACACUAAUGUGAAUGAUGGGACAGAGUUUGGUGGCUCCAUUUACCAGAAGGUGAACAAGAAGUUGGAGACCGCUGUCAAUCUUGCCUGGACAGCAGGGAAUAGUAACACUCGCUUUGGAAUAGCAGCCAAGUAUCAGAUAGACCCUGAUGCCUGCUUCUCGGCCAAAGUGAACAACUCCAGCCUGAUUGGACUAGGGUACACUCAAACCCUAAAGCCAGGUAUCAAACUGACGCUGUCAGCUCUGCUGGAUGGCAAAAAUGUCAACGCCGGCGGCCACAAGCUUGGUCUAGGACUGGAAUUUCAAGCAUAAAUGAAUACUGUACAAUUGUUAAUUUUAAGCAGCAUAGCUACCUUCAGAAUUUAGUGUACCUUUUAAUGUUGUCUGUUUGGGAUGCAAGAAUGCUAAAUAUUAUGUUAGAUCUCCAGGUUUAAAGAUGAUUCAGCUUUAAGGUGUUACAGAAGAAACCCGAUUCCAAAAAAGAUCCUUUCAGCUGUAGCAUAGGGGAGAACUUAGUAGCCCCUCUAAAGAUGCCAGGUUUCUUCGUUUUUAAAUCUAGGAAUUGCGGCAAAUGGAAACUAAUAAUGAACUGUAGGUUCUUUGUUAAUCUGUAUUGAGUCAGUGAAUGAAAUUGUGACUUCCUGAGAUUUGAACCUUGCUCUCCUUAACUCUUAUUGAUGAGAAGUUCUCAUUGCUCGAUGGUGUGUAAGACUCAUCUGAAAGGGACUUUUCAGACAGAUCUUCAUGCCCCAGUUUCCACCCUAGCCCAUCAUCCAACCUCUUUUACAACCAAAAGUAGUCAGCAGGGUGUUUUAGUUAUUUCUUUUCGUGCCAUUUUUGGGUGGAGAGGGUGGGUAUGAUGAAGCCAAUAAUUCAGGACAUAAUUCUUUUUCGUGUUGUGGUUUUUCUUUUCACCCUUGCACGGAGUUUGAAAUCACUUCCAGGAGCUCCAGAUACACACUGGAAAGAGCCUGUAUGACUGUAAUCACAUGGUGACAACACUAAAAAUCUAAAUUGGACUUCUGUUAUAUUCUCACCACUCAAUUUAUUUUUUAGCAAUUUAAUGGGUACAUUAUAGAGUCUUCCAUUUUGUGUGGAAUUAGGUCCUUCCCCUUCCAAUGCUGUAAUUAACAUCACUUAAAAUAAAACUUGAAUAAAAUAUUGAAACCUCA